AUGUAUCCAACCCGACAGGCUUAUGCGCCUACUCCCCACAGCUACAUCCCAAACACGACAUUGUCCGCAACGAUCAAUCUUGACGAGGAAGUCAAGCUUGCAGAAACCCGAGCAGAGAGAGAUCUCCAAGACUCUCUGGCCGAAGUCUUCAGCAUAAUCAUCACCCUAGACGAGCUAGAAAAGGCUUACCUCAAAGAUGCGAUCUCGGAAACGGAUUAUACAGAGAUAUGCGACCGGUUGUUGAAGCAGUACAAGCAGAUUCUGGCUGAUGAUGCAGUGUCUCGAGAGUUCAGAGAUCUGGAGUCUUUCAAAAACGCUUGGGAUAUGGAGGUCCCUCGAGCAACAGAACGAAUUCGAAUCGGUCUCCCAAGCACUGUCACUGCACCAUCUAUAAAUACAACUACUGGCGGAAAUGGUGGCUCGAAUGGAACUUUGAUCUUGGAGGCUACACAGGAUUUUAUUACAUUUCUCGAUGCUCUCAAGCUUGGACUCCUUGCAAAGGACCAGUUACACCCGUUGCUGUCGGAUGUCAUACAGAGCGCGAAUAAAGUCACAGACCAAGAUUUCGAAGGAAGAGGAAAGAUUGUGCAGUGGUUGAUCGCUUUGAACCAGAUGAAAGCUACUGAGGAGGUCAGCGAGGACCAGGCGCGAGAGCUGGAGUUGGAUAUGAAUAGUGCAUAUCAAGGAUUCAAGGCGACUUUAAAGUGA